AAUGCCACGUACUGUUUGACGUUGACAGUUUGGAGGACACUUCCUGAUGCUGCCAACCCGGGGUGAAGCUAGCCUAGCUUACGUUUGGAUUUUCCACAGUUUUGGGGGAAAACCUGUGAAACACAGCGGGGUCAAGUCGUCUGAUUUAAGUGGUGGGAGCAGAAGAGGUCGGACGGCACCAUGAACGGCCAGCUGGACCUGAGCGGGAAGCUGAUCAUCAAAGCCCAGUUGGGCGAUGAUAUCAGACGCAUACCUAUCCAUAACGAAGACAUAACAUAUGAUGAGCUAGUGUUGAUGAUGCAGCGCGUCUUCAGGGGAAAGCUGCAGAGUAACGACGAGGUUACGAUCAAAUACAAGGAUGAAGAUGAUGACCUCAUCACUAUCUUUGACAGCUCUGACCUCUCCUUUGCCAUCCAGUGCAGUAGAAUACUCAAACUCACCUUGUUUGUUAAUGGACAGCCGCGGCCUUUGGAGUCCAGUCAGGUGAAGUACCUGCGCAGGGAGCUCAUCGAGCUCAGGAAUAAAGUCAACAACCUCCUGGACAGCCUGGAGCCCCCCUCAGAGCCCGGUCUGGCUGCUUCAGCCCCCGAAAGUGAAUCAGUGGACGGACGUGAAGGUAAAGUGAUGGCAGCAGACCCCACAGUGAAACAGGUCACUCCAGUCAGCGCAGCCAGCAUGUCGGCCUUUGACCCGUUAAAAAACCAGGACGAGGUCAGCAAGAAUGUCAUCUCUGCUUUUGGCCUGAGCGAGGAUCAGGCCCCAGCUCCCCAAGCAGUGGCACCAGAGGAGCGCUCAGGAACCCCUGACAGCAUCAACUCUUCCUCGUCUGCUGCCCCUCAGCCAGGAGUGCCUCCCCAACCACAGGCCCCUUAUCCAGGAGUACAGCAGGGACCCCCAGCUAGCAUGGAUGGUCAGGUCUACCAGCAGUACCAGGCCCCAGGUGGUUACCCGCCUCAGCAACCAGGUGUCCCGCCCCAGCAGCAGUAUGGCAUGCAGUACUCUGGAUACAGCACUCAGCCUGGAGCCCCUCAGCCUGGCCCGCCACAGCCACAGCAGCAGCAGCAGCAGUUUCAGAACUACCCUCCUCCCUCCUCCCAGGCUUCUGCACCUGCCCCUGCUCCGGCUCCUGCUCAAGCUCCAGCUCCAGGCUUCCAGGGUGGCCAGCAGCAGCAGCAGCAGCAGCCCCAUCCAUCUCAGGCAGCCCAGCAAUAUCCACCAGGAGCCUUCCCUCCCCAAAACUAUACCUCCCAAGCCUCCCAGCCUGCCAACUAUAGCAUGCCGCCCAGCUCCCAGCCCGGCUCAGGGUACCAACCUCGACCUGGAUACACCCCGCCUCCGGGCAGCACCCCUCCACCAGGAGCUGCUAACCCGUACGCCCGCAACCGCCCCCCUUACGUCCAGGGCUACACUCAGCCAGGCCCUGGAUACCGGUAAAAGAGGAGAGCGGAUGUUACUGAUCCUCACACGUACACCCUUAACCCCUUUCCUCACAUUGUGGCUCCCACUGUUUGGUGUGGGUGCAGAAAACUACUGUUCUGCAUCCCCCCCCCCCCAUCAUACAAAUAUCAAUCCAAAUAUGAAACAAGAAACUCCCCCCAGUCUGAUGGUUAGUGUUUGUAUGCCGUCUCUCCAACAUACCGCUCUGUUUUGACCCCGGUGUAUGUUCCUGCUGUUAUUUUUCUUCCGUCGCUGUCAGCUCUGCCCUCUUGUAUCUGUCAUUGUGAAAAAAUGUAACCAGUCUGUAUGCACACACCUGGGAGACCGAAACAGGCUGUUGCACAAACUGUUUAUCUUUCUUUUUCAUGGUAACAUUUCAUUUAGGAGGGAAACGAGCAUCUAGAUUCAAAAUGUUUCAUACAUGUUAACGACAGACAUCUCCACCUGUUGUUUACUGUGUAUAUAUGCAUCCAUACAACACUAUCUAAAUGAAAAGUUACCCCCCUUUUGUUAUUUGUUUUGUCUGUUUAGUUUCUUUAUCUGAGCAAUUUCACCACCAUGUCGGUAUUAAUGAUGUGUCAAUGAAACUGAACUGCCCCAUGUUGGGAACACUAGCGAAGUGAUGGCUGAUGGGAGGCGUAGAUCCCACUGUCAUGAAGAAGGCUUCUUUUCUUCAGCGUGUUAUAUCACCUCCAGUAAAGCUUGCUAUUCCUCUCUUUUUCUCUUUAUCUUAUCACUGGUUUUUACUAAUAAAUUAAAUUCCACCUUCAGUUGAUAUUAGUUGUCAUGUAUAAACUGUAACAUUUUUUUUCUUGAACCUAAUAAAUGAUUGAGACCCA